GCAAAUAGAGGAUUCGAUCACGUUCCUUUCCUCUAACAGAAUAUUAGUUGCGACGCUUGGUGGAUUCGGAAGGGUGAAGUUGAAAUAGCAUGUUAUCAACAAAACCAACUUUGUCGAGUCAUGGUGCAUGUUGCACCCAUAAACAAAUUCGCUCUCGGCGAAACCAAGAAAUGCGCAUCUGCAAAAAACAUGGAAAGCUUAAACCACUGUGUUCUAGCUGAAGAUAGUCUUCCAGAUGUUUAUGUCCCAGUUCUCUCUUAUGUUUUGUGGAAACGACUCCUCCUACGAGAUGAGUGCUCCUCCUCUCCUCUCUUCCAAGAGGUGUCCGGUGUUGCCGAUUGAAGGUUCUCGAGAUGCGAGAACUUUUGGAGUCCUGGUCCCAGGAAUCCUCCGGCAUGGAUUUGAUCUUAGUGCUGGGGAACUUUGGGCUGGGUGCCAAAGAUGAGAACAUCUUGGCUUUGCUGCGCUCUUUGGUGCGAGAAGCUCCGAACGUGGCGGACCUAUUGCUGCGUCAGGGUCUUGAGCAAUCUCCUUUGGCCAUGCUCCAAUGCGUGGUGGCAGGCUAUCGGAACUCCACCUUGCUGGUGACCAUCUCCUCUUUGACAUCCAGCAGUUUGGGCGACCUUUGCAAGUUGAUUCGCGCAGACAGGCCCUAAGCAGACAGCUAGAAUAGAAGCCAAACCACGGACGUGCCCUCCCAUCGGCUUCGUUUGAAAUCGCUCCUCUCAUGUGACCGCCGCGGGCGCACGGAGUUGCGGGGUCUGUGGUGCUGUGCCGCGCGGGUUUGCGGUCCGGACGGAUGGACUUCUAGGACCUGGAGGAGCGUGGCACUUGUUCCUAGUAGCUUCUUGUUACUACUAGUAAGGCCAGGAGCCCCUAGUAGCUUCUUGCUCCUAGUAGCGUGGCACUGGUUUCUACUAGCUUCUUGUUACUACUAGUAAGGCA